AUGAGCCAAGACACAUCAGAGACACGAACACGAACCCGCUCCAAAAGCAUUCGAGUUUUGUCUGAGCUCUCAGGACAUGACAUGAAGCAUGAGUUGAGCAGCAGUUGUCCAACCCCAGGCUGUGAUGGAAAAGGUCAUGUCAGUGGAAGAUACUCAAGACAUAGAAGUGCGCUGGGAUGUCCAACAGUAAAGAAGAGAAAGCUGGAGGAGGCAGAAGCUGAGGACAACCUGUCUUCACCAAAGAAGAAGGGUCAGUCUGCCUCAAUGGAUGCAGAAGAAGACUUAGCCGUACACAACGAUGAGGACGAGGAAGAAGAGGAGGAAAAUGAGAACGACGAGGAAGACAUCCAAGAGGAGAAAACUACAAAUAGCAGACCAGAAUCAAUAAAAAAAAACGCCUGCCAGUUAUUUAAAGAAGACACGGUGGUUGAAGAAACAGUUGUUUGUACUACAACUAAGGAUGAAGAGAACAUCACCCUGGAGGUUGAAAAUGAAGUUGUCGCUGAAGAAACUGGCUGCAAUGAGAAACUGGUUAGGGAAGAACAACUGUCUGACGACGAUCAAGAAAAAACAGAUACUGUACCAGUAAAUGAUACACAAGAGGCAGUAGAGCAAACUCAGAGGGAUCUCGACAGAAAUGAUGUUGAAAAAGAAGAGGACGACUAUGACGACGACGAUGAAGAAACAGAAGAGCGGGUUGAAAAAACAAACGGCUUUGGAGGGGACAGAGAAAUGGAAAGACAGCCAAUAAGCCAGGGAAACACAGAUCAUCAGUAUUCCACUGGACAUUAUGUUCAUCAUCAAGUCAACUUGUCAACACCGGACCAGAGAGAGAGUGAGCAGAAAGAAGAAGAGGAAGAUGAGCUUCAGGUCCAAAGAGUGGAAACUCCUUACUCUAUGAGUCCAUGCAGUCAAGGAUCUCAGGAGUCUCUUGAGGACGAAAAAGUCUGCUCACCUAGGACUGAGGACGAAGCAUACGAAGCGGAGAAGAAGGGAGAAAAUGCAGAAUCAGAAUCAGGAAAACUGGAGCACGUAGAAGUAGAGGAGGAGCAGGAAGAAGAGGAGGAAGAGGAAGAAGAAGGGGCUGACGACCAAUCUAGCAAGGCUUCUCCAACCACAGUAGUCAUCGAAGUACGUUCUGAAGAGGACGAUGACGACGAAGAGGAUGAUGACGGAGAUGAGCGCGAUUGUAUCUCAGACGGCUCAGGGAUCACUGAUGAUUCAGAGACCUGGGAUAUGACUCGGGGGAACCUUGGGCUGCUGGAGCAGGCCAUCGCCUUAAAGGCCGGGGAAGGGAAAGAGGGGCAGGAGGCUCAGAGCUCCCAGGACUUCCAGUCGUACAACAGCCCCAGCAAAAGCACCGAAGCUCUGGUCCGACGCAGCGGUCACUACAGCAAAGAGAAGAAGGAAGUGAAAUGUCCAACCCCUGGGUGUGACGGGACAGGUCACGUGACUGGACUGUACCCCCAUCAUCGCAGUCUAUCUGGAUGUCCUCAUAAGGAUAGAAUUCCUCCAGAGAUCCUGGCCAUGUAUGAGAACGUCUUGAAGUGUCCAACUCCUGGUUGCACAGGCCAAGGUCACGUCAACAGUAACCGCAACACGCACCGCAGUUUGUCUGGCUGCCCUAUUGCUGCAGCCACUAAGAUGAACAAGAGUCAGGACAAGCAUGUCCAUCUACAGGCUGCGGUCAGUGAACCCACGUCCAACUCUGACAGAGUGCUCAGGCCCAUGUGUUUUGUGAAACAACUGGAGAUCCCUCAGUAUGGUAAUUACGGUCCCAAUGCGGUCACCACUACACCACGAGCAAACCUGGCCAAAGAGUUGGAGAAAUAUUCAAAGGUGUCUUUUGACUAUGCAAGCUUUGAUGUCCAGGUGUUUGGAAAGCGAAUGCUUGUUCCAAAGACAAGCGCCACUGAAACAUCACCCAAAGCCUUCAAAUCUAAAUCCUUCCCUAAGCCCUCCUCCCCGAGCGGGACAGGGUCCGGAGGCAUUUCCAACAGUACUUUGUCCUCCAAUGAUUAUGACUGCAGUCAAGACGCCGAAGCGGCCCAUAUGGCAGCGACGGCCAUCCUUAACCUGUCCACUCGCUGUUGGGAACGACCAGAGAGCCUUAGCGCUAAUCCCAGGGAAACCUGCACCGAGGAGCCUGAUAUUGAAGUGGACGAGAAUGGCACCUUGGAUCUGAGCAUUAAAAAAAACAAGAGAGAAAGCGUGCAGUCUCCGGAGCCUUCGUCGUCCUCGUCCUCAUCUUCUCAACACACGAUAGGUGUGCUAUCUCAGGGGCAUACUCAGCCUGAGUGGGAGGGGCCACUCGACUUUACAAAAUCAAGCGGGGUAAAGGAGGAAGGCCAGGAUGAGGUGGAUUAUACGGCUACCUCGUAUACCUCCUCUGAUGUUGAGGAUGAGGACCAGGAGAAUCUGGAGAACUUGGAGGAGAGGAAGUACCCAGGGGAAGUGACGACAAGCAGCUACAAGGUCAAGUUUCAACCGAAAGACAGCAAAAAGGAGAUCCUUGUAUGUCCCACUCCAGGAUGUGAUGGCAGUGGACACAUAACUGGCAACUACGCAUCACAUCGAAGUCUGUCAGGCUGUCCUCUUGCAGAUAAAUCACUACGGACACUCAUGGCUGCCCACACAGCUGAACUUAAGUGUCCCACUCCUGGCUGUGAUGGAUCAGGCCAUAUCACAGGAAACUAUGCCUCACAUAGAAGUUUGUCUGGAUGCCCCAGAGCCAAAAAAGGUGGAGUCAAAGCAAACCCCACAAAGGAUGACAAGGAAGACUCCGAGUUGUUGAGGUGUCCCGUCCCUGGCUGUGACAGUCUCGGGCACAUCAGUGGAAAGUACGCCACCCACCGCAGUGCUUACGGUUGUCCACUAGCAGCUCGUCGACAGAAGGAGGGUCUUCUUAAUGGCGCUCCCUUCUCCUGGAAGGCAUUCAAGAGCGAGGGUCCCACCUGUCCGACGCCUGGUUGCGACGGCUCUGGACAUGCCAAUGGGAGCUUUCUGACACAUCGCAGUCUGUCAGGUUGUCCCAGAGCACUGGCCAGCAAGAAGAAAGCCAAAUUCCCUGGAGACGAGUACAUCACUGCCAAAUUCAGAGCUAGUGAUGUUCUGGAUAAUGACGAGGACAUCAAGCAGCUCAAUGAGGAGAUCAACGAUCUGAACGAGUCCAAUUCUGAGAUGGAGGCUGACAUGGUCAACCUGCACACUCAGAUUUCUUCCAUGGAGAAGAACCUGAAAAGCAUGGAAGAAGAGAACAAGCAAAUCGAAGAGAAAAAUGAGGCCUUGUUUUUGGAGUUGUCAGGCCUGAGUCAGGCUCUGAUUCACAGUCUGGCCAACAUCAGGCUGCCAAGCAUGCAGGAACCCGUGUCUGAGCAGAACUUUGACAGCUACGUGGAAGCGCUGACUCAGAUGUUCACCAAUAAGGACUGCUACCAGAACCCAGAGAACAGAGCUCUGCUGGAGUCCAUUAACCAGGCCGUCAAGGGGAUAGAGGUGUGA